AUGGAUUCCUACGAUCAUUUACCGAACAUUAACCCACAGCAACAAGCCGUAUACUCAGAAAGCAGUUCCGCGCUUGGUAAUUCGGGCUUAAUCCAACAGUCAUCUCCACAUGGAGUAGGAAAUUACGGGGCACAACAAUUGGCAGCUGGAAAUAACGUCAUAGGGCAAUACUUGUACCAAGAUAGACAAGGCCUACAAUCCGUAACCGGCGCAUCAAUACCUCCACUAUCAUCUUUUGAGAAGGUCGUAUUUAAUACAGCUGGAUUGAAUCCAGGUAACUUGGGAGCUCUGACUUCACAGAGUGGUGGCAACAAUAUGGGAAUAGAUCUAUUUCAACAAGGCAUGCAACGAAUGCCACAAAAUGUUAGCCGUAUGAGCAAUCUCAGAUCAUUACAACAGUCGCAGGGUCAUAAACGUCAUCACAGCGGUGCAUCAGUCAACCAAUCUCUCCAUCACCACCAUAAUCACGAUUCUCACUCUCGAUCUUCAAUUUCUAAACCUUAUGAACCCGCACCUGAUCUUACUCCUGUUCAGAAGCAAUACUUAGAUCAAUAUGUGCGCCGAGAUAUGUUAUAUCAAAAAGCGCUUGAUCUUCAGCAUAAGAGACAUUUUGCAUUGAGAAGCGAGAAAUGGAAAGAAAUGGAAAUCGCCCACGCCGAGCUUAGACAGCCUAGGAACUUUCUUGCUAUGUUUGGUGAGGGUUAUAAUGGAUAUGGGAACAGUAUAACAGGGACCAGGUUCAGGAUUGUUUAUCCACACGAGAGAAAGCGACCAAGAAGGACUCGUGAGUUUAGAUUCACGCUUGACCAAAUGAGCGAUUUAGCACAAAAGGAUAUCGCCCUUGUUCCAAUACGACUGGAGAUUGAUUCAGAUGGACAUAAAUUACGUGAUACCUUCACAUGGAAUCUCUAUGAAAGUUUAAUAAGUCCAGAGCACUUUGCGGAGAUACUUUGCGACGAUAUGCAUUUUCCACCAGCUUCAUUUGUGCAUCAAAUAGCAAAGCAAAUGCGAGAUCAAUUACAAGGAUACUAUUUGCAUCCUGCAACCGCGCCGCCAUCAACGGCUGGGAAAGGAACUAAUCUACUUUUUGGACUACCUGGCGUGGAUCCGCCGGCUAGUGUAAAAAGUGAGCAGAUAGACGUUGACUUGCAGUCAAGUAACGUUGCAGAUAAUUUGAAGGAAGACGCUAAUGCAUCCUCACUCGAGGAACUGAGAAUACUGAUUAAGAUUGACAUAACUGUUGGAAAUAUAUCACUUGUUGACCAAUUUGAAUGGGACAUUAAUAAUCAAAAGAAUGAUCCCGAGUUAUUUGCUGAAAUUCUUACCACAGAACUGGGGCUAAGCGGUGAAUUCAAAACCGCAAUCGCUCAUUCCAUACGAGAGCAAGUACAAAUAUACGUUAAAUCAUUGGUACUGGUCGCACAUCCGUUUGACGGUACACCAGUCAUUGACGACGACCUGAAACAAAGUUUCUUGCCGCCUGUGACAAAUAUAGUACGGAAAGAAGAUUCUGUUGAUGCACACACACCAGUGCUACGACGCCAGACCCGUGGCAGACGCGGCGUAAUUCUUCCUGACCGCGAAGCACCAAAAUGCCAUCGCACCCUUAUACAUAAUCUUACCUACGCCCCCGAUCCAGCCGACGAAACCAACAUUAUUGCAGUCACGGCCACCGGGUUUCCUCCAGUUUUACGUAAACUCAGCUCACUAGGCUACGAUAAUUAUUCAGCAAUUACUGAUAAGAGCGCAACACCCUCUUCACGACAACGCGCACGAGGUCGCCCGGGGACAGCGGCCACAAUUCUACGCGGUGCCACAGCAAUGCAAGCGACUGGUUCUAUGGAUUCUGACUCGGGUCGUCCAGGAUCUGCGGGGCCAAGUACUCCCUCGCGUGAUUCAAGAGAGGUAGUGAAGAAGCGUCGAGUUGAGUCAGGGCCACCAAACAAGGAAUUAGAGGAGUGGACAUGUGACAGCUGUGGCACAAAAGUAUCUUCUUCACGAAAAGGGCUUGGCAUUGAUAAGAAUUUGUGCAAUGCCUGCGAUGCUCGCGACGAAAGCCCAACUCCCGUGAUAUCAUCACCAGGUGUCUCAUCAAGCAAUAACAACACAAGUUCUGCGCCUACUCAACCUCGACCUUCGGCUAGCCUUACCGCACCGAAGCCAGCGACAGCAACAAAACUCACAGAAACGCCAAAAGCCAGCGUUAAACAGAAGGAGAGAUCAUCAUCCAGAAACGAUCACAAAAAAAUUAAACUAAAUGCUGGGAAACAAGGCAAAUCGGAGGCGAACAAAAAGUCUGCUAAAGUCAGAGUCUCCGCAUCUCCUACAAUAAAAAUUACAGCGCCAAAAGAGGCAGCAUCAUCUACGUCAAAGAACAACUCUAAUAAUGUACAGGAUGCAAAUUCUAUUGAUAAUCAUUCGACAACUGCACCACCAUCUGCACCACCAUCUGCACCACCAUCUGCACCACCAUCUGCACCACCAUCUGCACCGCCAUCUGCACCGCCAUCUGCACCACCAUCUGCACCACCAUCUGCGCCGCCAUCCGCACCACCACCUGCACCACCAUCCGCACCACCAUCCGGACCAUCCGGACCCUUGUCCGCAUCUACAUCUACUACCACACAGUCUUCGUUAACUUCGUCGAUGUCAACAAGCAGCACGAGACAAAUUGUGCUUCCUGAUUGGAUUAUCAGAGAACGUGACUUGUUGCAGACGCGGUAUCCAAAUGAUCGCUUUGAGAUAAUAGAGCGCCGAAAUGAGUUUUGCAUACGCUGUCACGACUGUCCGGGGAAGCUAUAUCGGACGGGACCAGAAUUUACUUUGAAUAAUUUAAAAAUACAUCUGCGGAAUAGGGAUCAUAGGAAUAAUGUUGAAAAGCGCCUUAACAGUGAUGGGGUGAUUGCACUGAAGAAUGCAAGGGAUGCCAUCGGUACCAAGAACUACGAAGAAGCCAUCAAACAAUGUGAAAAGGUAUUGCAAUACCAGGCAGAUAACUACAACGCAUUCGUGUUUCUCGGGGUGGCUCAAUUGAAUCUUAAUCAACCGGAUGAUUGUGAAAAAUCUUACCGGAAAGCAAUCGAAAUCAAUGACUCUCAAGUACUCGCAUGGCAGGGUCUCGUCAAAUUCUACGAAAAGCAAGAGAAUUGGAAUGCUCUCAAUGUCACUUUAACGGAACUGCUAGUGAGACAGAGUGAACGUAAAGAUGCCAAGCAGUCCUAUGAGACGGUAAACAAAUUGAUCGAAUUAAAUCAGAAUAAAAUCAAGGACAGAUUAGGGCUUGUCGCGGCGCUCAAAUAUCUGCUGCCAGAGAGUUCAUAUUAUGAUCUUAUCAAAGAUGUCGAGGGCUUCCCUAAAAUAUCAGACACGCUACAACGAAUUGCCGAUAUCUUAGAGACAGAAGAGUCUGAUUAUAUACGGCGCGAGAUUAACUCAAGACGAAAACGACUGGAUGCUCCACCACCUUCUAUUGUUCAAGCACAGGUUCAUACAGAGGUCUAUACAAAUUCAGAGCUCGAACAAAUAUACGAACGGCUUAUUCGUCUAGGUGAAGAGUCUGAAGUAUCAAUCAAUCUCAACAGCAUUAUAGAAAAAUAUUUGGAACAUCUUCAGAAGAAAAUAAAAGCAAUUCCUUUGGAUAAAAAAGUCGCCUUGCGAGACAAACUUCUGAAGGAAGUACAAAAGUCUGUGGAAAGAGAUUUCGGUUCUCCAUUACCAUACGAAAUACUUAUAGAAAAUACGGAUGCUCAGUAUUUAAGUGAUUAUGAUGAGUCUCUAUUGAAGAAGUAUGUCGACAAGUUUCCGAACACUGAGUACUCUAAGAUUGUCAGAGCAUUUUUACAUUACAAAGAAGAUUCUAUUGACGAAAGUCUGGAAGUUAGUGAAGGCUUUGACCAACAAGAUAGUGUCUUUGGUCAUUUAUUCUUCAGCUGGUUGUAUCAUGAUUCAAGCGAUUAUGAUUCAGCUCUUGAAUACGCGACGGCUGGAAGAGACUUAAUAUCUAAGAAUGCAAAGGCAACCGGAUUUCCUUUGGAGAGAACCCGACAAUCCUUCGAAUUAUGUAUAGCCAAUUGCUAUCUUAAUAUUGACACAAAAUAUCAUCCUGACGCUUUUGCUUUGUACCAAGACAUCCUAAAAACAGACAAUGACAAUAUCCAGGCUUUACAAGGUCUCGGGAAGGUGCUUUCCGCACAGAAGAAGUUCGAAGUCGCUAUAGAGACUUUUGAACGAAUCCUUAAACUAGAUCCAUCCAAUCACGAAGCCAAAAGUGAAAUAGGCUGGGUAUAUUUCGCAAAGGGAAGUUAUGAUGAAGCACAACGUCUUAUUUCUGAAGCUUUGGAGAUCUGUCCCCAAUGUGCGCUUUACCAUUACAGACUCGGGCGGAUUUACUGGUCAAUGGACGGAUCUUACAGAACGGAUAAGGCCUUUGCCUGCACGUCGUUCUUUCAAGCAGUUAACAAUGAUCAGAAUUUUGCCGACGCAUUUACGUACCUCGGACAUUACUAUCGAACCAUUGAAGAUAACAGCGCUCGAGCAAAAAAGUGUUAUCAGAAAGCCUUUUCCAUUGACCCGCAUAAUGAUGAGGCUGGUCUACAAUUAGGCACAUAUUAUGUCAAAGACGACCAAGCCGAUUUGGCCGAGCUUGUAUACCGGGAAGCGAUUCAAGCUAAUUCCAGGGCUGGGUGGGCGUGGAAACGUUUAGGAUUUGUUGAAUUGGCGAAAGGAAAUUAUCAGGAUGCUAUAACAGACUUCCAGAAAGCUAUUCGAACAGAUGUAAAAGAUGUUCUCUGUUGGGAGGGUCUUGCAGAGGCUUAUCAACGCGAGGGACGAUAUAUGGCCUCAAUAAAGGCUUUUGAUAAAGCAAGGGAUCUCGACCCUCACUCUUUGUUUUCUAAUUACCGGAUGGCAAAUGUAAAGCAAAAGCUUGGACUGUUCUCUCAAGCUAUCGAUCAAUAUAACCUCACGCUCUCCAUGGCGGUCGAAUUAGGUGACGCGGACCACUUACCUUCUUUAAAAGGACGCGGUGACAGUUACCUUUCAUUAGCAAAGGAGUAUUUCGUUACAGGAUUUUACGGUCGUGCUGCCGUUGCUACAAAUGACGGACUACACACAUUAUUACGUGCUAUAAAGGCAAAUCAGCAACUCCAGUCUCUUUGGAAGCUUAUAGCCGAUUUGUGCUCCCUCGUUAGAUGUUUUCCCAACUACCUACAUCUGAUAGACAUUCGCGUGGUGAAAGAUAUCGUUGAUAAAGUAGAUCCAACAAAAGUUGACGAGUCUCUUCAUCUUCCCAAGGGAUUAGAUUACCUUGGUUUGGAUAUUAUUCGUGGACUUGAAAGUAAAACUGUUGCCUCUUCUUGGGAUACUUUGCUAUGUUUCUUGACUUGUGCGUGCGUAGCCUACAAGUACGCAAUUUUUCUUAACGGCAAGGAUAGAGAAUCUGUUGGUGGCUAUUGGCAUGACCUCAGUAUUACAUAUUAUAAUAUACAUAAGACUCUUUUGGAGCAGCCUGAAGGAAAUGACGAACAGCUCUCCACAUGUUUGUCCAUGUGCAUACGAUGUAUAAAGAUUGCUUUAAAGUUUGAACCAGAAAACUCCAACUUUUGGAAUGCACUUGGUGUUGUAAGCCUGACGGCUAAUGCAAAAAUCAGUCAGCAUGCCUUCAUAAAGUCAAUCGAACACUCGCCAAAGAAUCCAGCCCCAUGGACGAAUCUUGGAUUCCUUUAUUUACUUCAUUCCGACUUGGAGCUUGCAAACCAAGCAUUCUUAAAGGCACGUUCUUUGGAUCCUGAUUGGGUCCAAGCUUGGGUCGGCCAAGCUUAUGUCGCAAAUCUGUGGGGAAACGAGGAAGCCGCAGAAUUGUUUGAACAUGCUUUCGAUAUCAGCGGAGGAGGCUAUGUGCCGGAAGCAGACUACGGCUUUGCAUCUAAAACAUUCAACGAAUGUCUCUCCAAUCCUGCGUUCUCCAGCUCGCUACUUGUUUCUCCAGUAUUUGCUCUAGAAAAAUUAAUCGAGCAAAAGCCAGAUGACGCAGCAGCUUUAAAUCUAUUGGGGCUUGUUCUUGAACGACUUAAUCAGCCUAAACGCGCAGCAGAGGCAUUUAGCGCAGCAAUAUUAGCAUUAGAGAAUUCAAGCGAAGAAAGUGAUGAUAUAUCGUUCUCAAAAAAGCUUGCUUACGCGCAUGGGAACCUCGGACGAGUUCUUUGUGCUAGUCAAAACUUCCAUGAUGCGAUAGCUGCUUACACUACCGCUCUCAAUCUUAUCGAUCAAGAAAGUGGAUUAACAGAAUUCAGAACCUAUUCUCGGCUUGGUCUUGGACUUUCCUAUUAUUUUGCAGACCAGUUGGAAAACUCUUUGGAAAUGUUCGAUGCGCUGCUGAGGGAGAGUGAUGAUCAGAGUGGAGUAAAUGGUAUAACGGAUAUGCAUAAAAAUGUUACAGUGUUAUUAGUUCAAGUACUUAUUGCAAGGGAUCCAAAUCAUUUACCAGCAUUAUUUGGUUUGUGCGCAAUUGGUAUACUCCAAGAAAAUGAAAUUUUAUCAACUGCAGCCUUGACGGAUUUGCGCAAGGUGUCACUUGAAACUGCCGGCAAACUGGACAAAGACCAAAACCUCGAGUUUUUGUUUAGUCGUUGCUCUUUGCUUCAGGGUUCUCCGCAAGAAGCAACAAGAUGGCUGUCAAAAGCCAUACAUCGUCAACCAGCUAAUGCGAUGGCAUGGGCUCGUUUAGCAACCCACCUUACUAGUAUAUCUUGCUCUAACCCAACUGUUUCCAUUGCCACGUCUGCUUUGUCGUUACUAAGCAGUACUCGAUCAUCUCUUUCUAAUACGUUUGAUAGCGCAAAGGCACAUCAGAAUCUUGCCGUAGCACUUCUGUUACAGAUUGGCGAGGAUGACAUUGAUCAGGAAACUAUGAGAAAGGCAAAAAAAAGUGCCCUCCGACAAGCACAGCGUGCUAUUGUUAUUGCUCCUUCGAACUUAACAGGAUGGUCUAUACUUGGAGCGGCUUGGAAAAUUUGUUCAAAGGAAUAA